UGGACAUAGUCUGUCUAAUCUGUGGUUUUUUGGUGAUGUUUGUAUUUUUUUAUAGUUAUUUAUAUAAUUUUAAACUUUUAUUAUUAAUUUUUUUUAUAUAUUUUUGAAAAAUAGUAAGGCGUCUAAAUUUAAUAUUUAAAGAAUGGAAUUAAUAAGGAUACAAAUCACUCAUUCAUUAAUUUAGAAAUGAAUUUAACCUCUCGGAACUCGGAAUUUCCCAGAAUAAUAAUUUCAAUGAGUUGUUUUAAAUUUAAAAGUAACUAAUACUGAAGAGUUAGAGAUGGCUGAAAAGAGUAAUUAUGAAAGUACAAAUCUUCGUCUAAUAACAGAGAACAGUGAACAAAAUUUUGAAGAGUCAACCGGCAGUAGUUCAGUUUCACAACCUUUUACAAUAGUAAAUAAUUUACCAAAUGCAAUUCAGUCUGAAGUUGAGAUUUUUGCUUCUGAAUUUAGUAAUCGAGAUUUGGUUAGUAAAAUAUCACAAUAUGAAACUACGUCUGUUCCACUUACUAGAAAUUUUGAUGAAAACCAACCCUCCAUGAGCAAUAUUGCUGGAAUAUCACAAUCUGAUAACGUAUCUCAUUUAGACAUCCCAGAGCACGAGCCUGUACAAUGUAAUACAAGAUCAAAUGCUGAGAUAAAUACAAAUAUGGAUAUAGAUUUACAUAAAGUUAAAAAAAAUAAUUUCUACGGUGAAGAUUUAGGACCUAAGAUUUAUCAUAUAAAUGACAGCAUGGUCAGCAGAACAUUGAUACCAAAGAAUUUGCCUGCUGCCUUUAGUUAUUUACCAAUUUAUGGUAGAUCGAAAAGUAAGGCUGAACUUCCAGAGUUUCAGAAUAAUAAAAUAAGGGAAUUUGUUGGAUGUGACUUGGGAGAUGAAGAGUUUAAGGACAUAGCAGAUUAUUGCAGGCCAGAUCGUCUUAAAACAGGAAAGGAACUUAUGAUGAUAACAAAUCAUCCUGGACACGGGCUUAGUGCAUCGGAGAUAAAGGCUCGCAAAAAUGAACCCAGUAACGAGGAUGAGCCCAACCUGUGUGUUCUGAAAAAACAAAAGCGCAGAUUGGAUAGUGAUUUUAAGUAUUUGUAUCUCAAAAAGAUGAAGUACCGAGGAAUUAAAAUGAUGCCGCUGAUGCAAGAGGAUGAUGAAAUGAAUAUGACAGUAACAUUGGGAGAACCAUUGCAACCUGGAAAGGAUCUGCUGUACCGUAUACGAAUAUAUAGACCGUUCGCUUUUAGCCCCAAGGAGAAAAUGUGCGGCCGCCGGCAGCUCUUGCUCAGCUGUGACGUAGUGCUGCUGGGCCGGCAGAAGCUUGCGGCUCUCCGAGACCGCAUGGUGUGCCCUAACGACAUUGAUAUGCGCGUCGAUGUCUCAGAACGACCGGACAAUUUACCGCCGUCUUCUGCUAAGGAGCUGUUCCCAUCGGGGUUCCUGUUCAUAAACAACGUUUUCUACGUGGACACACGCGAGGGCUGUCGUGACAUUAGUUUGCCGGUGCGACAGUGGGCGUCACGGCGCGGCAUCGGUCUAUUUCCGCGUCGGGACUUGAACGUCAGGCUCGACGAGCUGCCCAUCCGCCUUGGACACCCAGAGGUAUAUGUCCACCAAGGUAACUGCGAACACCUGUUUACGUUCUCCGAGAUCCGGUUACUAAACGCAUCGGACCCACUCAAGCUGUCCCAGUACCCUUGCCACACAGAAAUAUCACAAAACCAAACGGUGUACUGCACAACUUGCGCCGAAUUCGGCGCCAAAUGGGUGGUCGUCGGCUGCGACAGAGUGCCAUUCGACCCGGCCUUCUUCUGUGAUAAAUGUUUCAAAAUGUAUCUGUAUAAAGAUGGAAAGAAAAUUGGACAAUUCAAAGCUUACUCGUACAAGGGAAAUGAGCUCAAUGUAUUGAAGCCACAAAGUUGAUAAUGCGUUGUACAGACACUGGUUGGUAAAGAUUAGUGUUCUGCGAUUUAUAGUUAAAAAGAGCUGUCUUAUUACGGUGCUGGAAUAACUAUGAACCAGAGAUGGGAGUGUCGUAUUUGUACUUUUUUUUUCACAAUACUCAGAAGUACAAGACAUAGUCAUUUACAAAGUAUAUUUCUGCAUAGAUGCUCUGUGCUGUAAAUGAAUAUCAGAGCAGAACUGUUGUCAGUCUGAAAGUAUACUGUAUUUAUUAUUGUCGAAAGAUGGACUUUUUCAGACAGAAAACCUGUGACUCUGCGACCUUUUCAUGAUUUUUGAACAGUAUACAGUAUACUACUAUCAAUUUUAUUUUAAACAAAUAUGGAAAUUAUUUUUUUUAUAUCAAAUACUAGGAUUAAGAUAGUCUAUCCUUUUUAUUUAUACUGAAUACUUGUUGUUGGAGGCAUAAUGCUGUUGUUUAUGGAACGAAGGCUAUGAUAAAUGUAACCCAAGAGACAAAAGUACAGCCACUUGAUACAGAUAUAACCAACGAUUUGGAAAAUCUUCGAGCAAACUGCUUUCCUAGUUGGAUGGUUAGUGCCAAAUAUAUAUUUUAAUAUUAAAGUACAGUGAGAUUUUA